AUGACUCUUCUAUGUGACUUGGAAUCUACCAUCAACUCAAGGCCUUUGACCUAUAUGAGUGAUGACUAUGACACUCUACAGCCUCUCACACCUUCAGUAUUUCUACAACCAAUUGUUAAGAGUGACAUUCAUGAUUUGGACAUUGUCGACUCAACCACUCUAAACAAGCGAGUGAGGUAUCUUCAAAGCUUAAGACAAAAUUUGAGAUCAAGAUUUAAGAAAGAAUACCUUGCGAUGUUAGUACAUAGGUCAAAAGAAAACAGUGGUAAAGGAAGCAGAACAAUAAGUACCGGUGAUAUUGUACUAAUAGGUGACGAUAAUAUCAAAAGAAUAAAUUGGCCACUGGCACUAGUGUUGGAGACAAUACGAGGAAAGGAUGGAGUCUGCAGAGUAGCCAAGUUAAAAACAGCAAAAGGAGAACUAACAAGACCCAUCCAGAGACUUUACCCCAUAGAAAUAAAUUCAAAAGACAUGUCAAGGAAACAGGAUGUACAUAUUGAAACAGAAGAUAAUUCAUCAACACCUACAGAACCAAGAAGAGGGAGAAAGAUAAAAAUCUCGAGGAAAAUGGACUUGUAA